AUCAUCAUCAUUGCAGGGUUGUUACUUCCUCAACAAUGCAAGACGAUUUCCCCAAAGUGGAUCUCACUGAACGUGGGGAUCUGGACCAUGUCUUGGAGCAGAUCAGGAAACACUCUCUAGCUCUUCUGCGAGAUGAACUGGAUAAAGCUGGCCAGUCCAACGAUCGAAAAGUACUAAAAACAUGCGAAGAAACGAUCGAAUUGUGGAUCAAAUCAGCAAAGAAGAAGCUAGAGUCCAACGUUACAGUGAAUGGGAUGCCGUUUCGAGAGGGAACAGAUGGCACGCAACCAUUCGAUCAAGAAUUAUCGCAACGUGUACGAAUGCUAUCAGAAAGAUGCGAUACAUCAACAGCUCAGGCAAUAGCAGCUCGUAAAACGAUCCCAUCCAAACGAGCGGCAUUAUUGCAAACUCGAGCUCAAUUACAAAGAGAAAUUGAACAAAAGCGAGAGAACAAACGGAGAAGGCUAGAAUCCGAAAUAGAGAAGUUGGUCAAAGAACGUGAUAGUCAAACAGGUGAAAGUACAAUCAAACCGCUGGAGAGAAGUGAGGAAGUCGCAGAUUCGUUGCGAACAGCUAAAGAGAAUAUCGAUCAAUUGGCAGUGGCACUGGUGGAACAAACGUCUGCUGCUAAUGAGCAAGCCAAAUUUGUGCAAAGGUUGCGGAUAAUGUCUGCCUCGUAUACCUCUUGAGGUUGUACAUGGUCUAAUUGAUCUUUUACCCUUUCUAUUCUUACCCGAUUGUUGUAUUAUAGAAUAUAUCCAGCAAAGGUCCAAGCACUACGUCGAACCUUUAUCUCUCUCGUGAAACGAUCUCUUCAGUCAUAUAAAUUGAAUUGUACAGUAAAAUGCAGAAGUUGGUGCU